AAUUGAAGAUGUCAUCAAUGAUGUCCGAGAAGUUUUUCUGGAUGAAGGAGUAGAUGAACAAGUCCUUUUGGAACUCAAAACACUGUGGGAGAACAAGCUGAUGCAGUCCAAGGCUGUAGAUGGGUUUCAUUCAGAAGAACAGCAACUUUUGUUGCAGGUUCAGCAGCAGCAGCAGCAGCAGCAUCAUCACCACCAUCAUCAUCAUCAUCCACAACCACAGCAGACUGUGCAGCAGCAAUCCCAGACACAACAAGUCCUUAUUCCUGCAUCCCAGCAAGCACCUCAGCAGCAGGUUAUUGUGCCAGAUUCAAAGCUGAUACAGCACAUGAAUGCAUCAGGCAUGAGUGCAGCUGCCACAGCAGCUACCUUGGCUUUGCCUGCUGGUGUUACUCCUGUUCAGCAGAUACUUACAAAUUCAGGCCAGAUCCUGCAGGUAGUUAGAACUGCAAAUGGAGCUCAGUAUAUCAUUCAGCAACAGCAGCCCGUGGUUCUACAGCAACAGGUUAUACCACAGAUGCAGCCGGGUGGUGUACAAGCUCCUGUUAUACAGCAGGUUUUGGCUCCUAUCCCUGGAGGGAUCUCCCAGCAGACAGGAGUGAUUAUUCAGCCGCAGCAAAUCCUAUUUACAGGGAACAAAACACAGGUCAUACCCACAACAGUGGCAGCUCCUACACCGGCACAAGCACAGAUUACUGCUGCCGGUCAGCAGCAACCACAGCAACAGGCGCAACCACAAGCACCACUUGUACUCCAAGUUGAUGGAGCUGGAGACACAUCUUCUGAAGAAGAAGAAGAUGAGGAAGAAGAUUAUGAUGAUGAUGAAGAGGAAGACAAAGAAAAAGAUGGAGGUGAAGAUGGCCAGGUUGAAGAGGAGCCCCUUAAUAGUGAAGAUGAUGUGAGUGAUGAGGAAGGACAAGAGCUGUUUGAUACAGAGAAUGUUGUCGUAUGUCAGUAUGAUAAGAUCCAUAGAAGUAAAAACAAGUGGAAGUUUCACCUCAAAGAUGGCAUAAUGAAUCUCAAUGGAAGAGAUUACGUAUUUUCCAAAGCCAUUGGAGAUGCAGAAUGGUGAAGUUUUUAAAACAAAAAACUAGAAAAAAAGAAAAAUCAGAAAGGGUUGAGACUUGGACAUAAACUUCAACCAAAACUUAUGUCUGCACAUCAGAAAAGAACAGUACAAACAAAACUACCGCAGCAAAGGUAGAGCGUGGCAACAUAGACACUACUACAAAUGGGCAAGCCAUGGGACUGUAGCAGCUAGCAUUGUCUGGGAUACCUUAGGGAUAUCUUAAUUAUCAAUUCUAUAUACAGGUACCUGCAGCUGGUAAUUAGCAUGUAAGGCUUUGUCUCCCCCUUCCUCCCCUUGGGUUAAGGUUUUAAAAUUUCUUCCACUGAACUGAAAGAACUCUUCCCUUUUGAUAUACUCUUAGUCUGACAAUGCUUAUGUGUACACAAAUCUUUGUUUUGAACACUUCCUUUUGGUAGUGAGGGUGGUCAGAAUAUUGUUUGAACGGCAUGCAGGCUUUGUACAGAAGAGUAAGAAUUAAGGUGAUACAUUUUAAUUAUCUUGUAUAACAAAAAUAUUUUUAAUUCUGCUAUAGUCAUGUAUAAUUUUAACUACAGUUUUUUCUCAGUUCUUCUCCCAUAAACAAAUUCUCAUUCCUAGCAGUUACAAAAUGUAAAAUGAUUACUUAUAUUUUCCAGCCAUUUCAAUUUGACACGAAUUACUCUUCUUUUCAAAAGUGCUGAGCACCUGUAGCUCCUUCUGAAAAAUCAAACCACUUACUUUAUUUUUAAAAAUAUUCUUAGCAUUUGAAGUGGUUCAGCCUGAUGGAGCUCAGAGGACUCUGUGGUAGCUUUCCUUCAUUUCUUUAAAAGAUCAGUGUCUUGGAGACCUUGCAAAUGAAAACUCCAGGUAUUCUGAUCUUAGUGUAUGCAUUCCUCUAACCACUUACAACAUUUACAACCCAGGCAUCCAUGAAUACUAUUGGACAAAUACUACAGGAAUGACUAUAAAUUGGAUAAGGGAAGGUUUUAUAAUACCUUAGCUGAAGUUCUGCUAAUCAGGAAACAGAGUUUAAUUGUAAAAUACCCUGUAAUUUUUAAGUAUAUUCUUAUUGACAAGUUAAGAUGUGUUGCAGGUAAUCUGUUUAAAAUCUCCAGGUGACAUGCAAUUUUGGUGGUUUUUGUUUUUGUUCUUUUUAAAAGAAAGCAUCAGUGAGGAAAUAGUUUAUUUUUUAGAGUAAUGUAAGCAAAAAAUUAAAAUAGAGUGUGUCUUAGUAAUGCAAAAAUUAAGUCAUCACAUAUGCUAAACCCUAACGUAAUUUCACUCGUCUGAAAAUGACAUGUCAUAAAUAGCAAAAGGUUUUUGCUGUUGAGGGCAAACACAUCUUUUCUUCAUGUGGUGGUUCUGCUUGCAAUCAGGCUUUCAGGAAUGGCGUCCCUGCUGCAGCAGAGAAGAGGGAAUUGGAAUUAUAGAUCAGACAUUUCCAACGAAGGAAUGAGCAUGCUUUAUGUGGCUUCCCAUUACAACUUAAUAAGGUUCUUACUAGCUACCUGAAAAGCAAUGAAAAGAAGGCACAGGAAGGUAAAUUUAACUCAAAUUAGGGAGAACUGCAGAAGCAGAGACUUUACCCACUACUUGGCUUUUGUUCUUGCAAAAUGAAACUUUUAAAAUUGUUUUUAACGAAAUCACAAGUGUAUUUAAUCAGCACUGUAUAUUAACUGCCUUCUGUUUCCCUUACCUGUCUUUCUUUACUGACCUCCAAGUGCAUUCAUAGUCUCAGUAGCUUACAGGAAAUUCACAGCACAUUGCAAGGAAAAAAUCUGAGCAGUUACAUAUGUUUUUGCACCUUUGGUGUCACUAAAUAGAACGAAAUUGUCCUUAAUUCACAUGUAGAGCCAUAUGUUUAUUAGUAAACCACCUGGUCUGCAUACAUUGUAAAUGUCAUUAAAGUUCAAUUUCUGGUGUUACUAACUCAUAGGUAAUUAAUGCUGUAAUCAUUUAGGAUACAAAUUUGACUCUGGACUUCAAGGUAUCUCAAGCUGAGUGGUGUUUUCUUUUUCUCUGUACAAAGCAGAAAUUUUGUGGGUUUUUUAAAUGUGCCACUGUACUUUUAAAGCAUAUGUGAUUACAGUGAAAUCAAUUACUUAUCAACUAAUUAUUGCCCUUGCUUCUCUUGUGAAUCUUUGAGUAGUGUUGAUGGCUAUCACGAGUAGAUUCAUAUCCUUUCAAAUUACUUAAAUAUGGACUUAGAACAAAUCCCAUAUGCUGCACAAAUGAACCAAUGAAACCCCUUUAGCUACAGAUUCCUGUUUAUACUACUGGAACCCAGAUUACUGUACAAGAUAUUUAGUCUCUUCUUACAUUUAGAGUCCUUCACCCACAUGUUUAGAGCAGACAUUACAUAGCCUCUUUAUUUAUUUUAAGGGAUACCACAGCUUUAAAGAUUACUUAAAUUUAGUUAAUCUUGAAGGACGUUUAGAAACCAUCUGUACAUGCACAGUGUCUUGCAAAUUAAUUAUGGUAUGCUUGGCAGAUGAGGGUUUUGGUCUUUUAAUACAAGUACCUGUGAAAUCUUCUG